GGACAUAUUUACUCAAAAUCAGAGAAAAUCAGGUGCAAUUAUUUUGCACAUCUUUGCUACUCUCUACAUGUUUCUUGGCCUUGCCAUUGUUUGUGAUGCCUACUUUGUGCCAUCGCUUGAAGUGAUAUCAGAAGUGUGGAAUCUAAAGCCUGAUGUGGCUGGUGCAACAUUUAUGGCUGCGGGCAGUUCUGCUCCAGAAUUAGCCACAACUUUAGUUGGAGUGUUUAUUUCAAAAGAUGAUGUUGGUCUAGGUGCUGUCGUGGGAUCAGCUGAUUUUAAUGUUAUGCUUGUUAUCAGUCUUUGUGCAUUGUUCGCCAAACAGUUUCUGGUUAUGUAUAUGAAUACCAUAUAG